CAGGACACUUCCAACAGCACAUGUGUAGAAGUCUGUUGGAGUGUUUAGUGACAAGCCGAACCUCCUGAGAAAGUAAAGACGCUGGCGUGCCUUCCUUGUGAUCGCGUCUCUGUGCUGGGCCCAGGACAGGAUGCCAGUGCCACACCGGUAGAUCCGACCAUGCAGAAGACCCCGAUCAUCCUGGCCAAGCCUCCCACCGAGAGGCCCAACAAACCUGUGCCAAUGCCCCCCUCGGCCCCCGCGCCCCCCCCGGAGAAGCCGAUCGUGCUGAUGAAGUCUCGGGAGGAGGGGAAGGCCCCGGCGCCGGGAGAGGCCGCCUACACCCCCCCCUCCGGCUCCGGGAAGGGGGAGAAGGAGGGCCAGCGCCCCACCCAACCCGUCUACCAGAUCCAGAACCGCGUGAUGGGAUCGUCUGCGCCCAGCGCCACCGUCGACCCUGUGAUUGGACAAGCAAAGCUGCACCCGCCCGAGAGGAUGAAGCACAGCAUAAAGCUGGUGGAUGACCAGAUGAACUGGUGUGACAGUGCAAUGGAGUACCUGUUGGAUCAGACGGACUUGCUGGUGAUCGGAAUUAUUGGGCUGCAGGGGACGGGAAAAUCCUCCAUCAUGUCUGUGCUGUCAGCCAACACUCCGGAGGAAGACCAGAGGGCGUAUGUGUUCCGCCCCCAGACCCAGGAGAUCAAGGAGCGCGGCGGCAUCCAGACCACCGGCAUCGACUUCUUCAUCACCCAGGAGCGGGUCAUCUUCCUUGACACCCAGCCCAUCCUGAGCCCAGCCGUGUUGGACCACCUCAUCAACAAUGACCGCAAGCUACCCCCGGAGUACAGCCUGCCGCACACCUACGUCGAGAUGCAGUCGCUACAACUGGCUGCCUUCCUCUUCACGGUGUGUCAUGUGGUGAUUGUGAUCCAGGACUGGUUCACUGACAUCAACCUGUACAGAUUCCUCCAGACGGCAGAGAUGUUGAAACCCUCCACUCCCUCCCCCAGCCACGAGCUGAGCGGGGGCACUGGCUCUGAUGAAGGCACAGAAUACUACCCAAACAUCGUGUUUCUCCAGAAUAAGGCCCACCGUGAAGACUUCUCCCCUCGAAACCUGAAGAAGAUGCACAUGGUCAUCAACAAGUUAAUGUUUCACUCCCACCUCAAGUACAAAGGUGCCAUCUCCAUGUUGGACUGCAACAUCUUCCCCGGUUUAACCAGUGACUUCCUGGAGUCAGAGGUCAACUUGUUUCUACUGCCGGCAAUGGAGAGCGAGGCUGAAGAAAACCUGUCCAGAGCAGGGGCCGGUGGGAUCUCCCUGUUCCCUCUGCUGCCUGGCUACAGGGGGCACCCCAGCUUCCAGUGUCUGAUCGGCAAGCUGCGGAGUCAGGUGCUGUCGAUGUCGAGACCCCAGCUCUCCCACACCAUCCUCACCGAGAAAAACUGGUUGCACUAUGCUGCUCGGAUCUGGGACAGUGUGAAGAAAUCCUCGGUCCUGUCAGAGUACAGCCGCUUGCUCUCCUAGCCCUGGACCGGCUGAGCGACUGUGGGAGGCGACGGCUCUGCCGAACCAGGCCCCCACUAAUCACCCUGCCCCCGCUUCUGUUCCUGUUCCGGCCUCGGAAGCUGGGGACUGGUCCUGGGAGGGGGUAAGGGAGGGUCCCGUCAUCGGGGAGAUGGGGGUGUACUCUCCCUGUGUUAGGGUAACGUCGGUCCGCUGCUCUGGAGAGGGAGGUCUGUGUGUGGGAGGUGGUCUUCAGUUCCUCUCGGGCCUGUGUGUGUGUGGGAUCCAUCCCCCAGUGAGGGUCUGUGUGUGUGUGUGUGUGUGUGUGUGUGUGUGUGUGUGUGUGUGUG